AUGUCAGGUAUGAAAAAAUUUAUUCCAUUAUUAGAUCGAGAUGGUUCAUUUGUUGAACCAUUAGUUAGAGAAGGUGAUAUGGUUAUUGUUUCACCAAGAGCAAGAGCUAUUCCAAUUCCAAUGGGAGAUAAAACUUAUCAACUUAUUACUGAAGGUGAUAUUUUAGGUAUCAUCGAAAACUAA